AAAAUUUGAACAUUGUCUAAACUGGCUAUGUCUGAAGAAAAAAAAAUCGAAGUUAAAAAUGAAACGACAAAUCCAGAGGAAUUUGCUUAUGAUGCAUCAAGUCUACCAAGCUUGCUUCCAAUUUAUUAUAAACUCUUGUUUCCCUAUGGGCCGUUCUAUUCUUGGUUGAGUUACGGAGGUCUCAAUAAAACUACAUUUUCAAACCGGGAAUUUUCGUUCACUUUACAGAAUGAUAUUUAUGUUCGAUACCAAUCUUUUACAAGUCAGCAAGAAAUGGAAAAGGAAAUCCAGAAAAUGAAGCCCCACAAAAUUGACAUUGGAGCCAUAUUUUCCCAUCCACCAAAAGAUCAUAAUAAAUAUCAUAGCGGCAUUUUUAAACCUCUAGAAAAAGAACUUGUGUUUGACAUUGAUAUGACUGAUUACGAUGACGUUAGAAAAUGUUGUCAAGGAGCUGAUAUUUGUACAAAAUGUUGGCCUCUUAUGACAAUGGCUAUUAAAUUGAUUGAUAGAGCCCUGAGAGAGGAUUUUGGAUUCAUGCAUCGACUGUGGAUAUAUUCUGGUAGACGUGGAGUCCAUUGCUGGGUAUGUGACGAUAAAGUACGUAAAUUGCCGAAUAAAGCAAGAUCUGCGAUCGUGGACUACUUGAGUGUGAUCCAAGGUGGUAAUUUGGAGAAAAGAGUUAAUCUUAAAGAUCCAGUCCACCCGUUUUUAAGACAUUGUAUAACCACAAUAUCGAAGCAGCAUUGGGAGGAAUACCGACAGGCACAAGAAAUUCUUGAAACCCCUUCAGACGUUGAAAAAGUACUAAAAAUGGUUCCUGAUGCUGAAAUGAAGGAAAAAUUGAAAACGGAAUUUAAUAACGAUAAUCGUACAACUGAAACUAGAUGGGAAAGAAUAAGAAAAGCCACUGCUGAAAGAUAUCAAGAAGACAUGAAAAAAUAUCGUAAGCUUCGUUACACGCCACAAGAAAUUAUGCUAGAAUUUUGUUAUCCUCGUCUCGAUGCCAACGUCAGCACAAGUAUUAAUCACUUGUUAAAGAGUCCUUUUUCUGUUCAUCCUAAAACCGGACGUGUUUGUGUACCAAUUGAUAUAGAUAGCGUUGAUGAUUUCGACCCUUUUGCUGUCCCGACUAUCAGCCAACUUUGCCACGAGUUAGACUCACAAAAAGCAGAAAAAACAGAAGACAAUUCUGACGGUUCCACUAGAAAGAUCCACCUUUAUAAAACAACAAGUAUCAAAAAACACGUCAAGAUUUUUGAAGAUUUCGUUAACAAAUUAUUAGCAGAUAGCCGUAAGGAAAAACUUAAUCAGAAAGAUGCAACAAUGGAUUUUUGAUUGUUUUUAUAUUGAAACUGAUUAUUCUCAAUCAUAAUUUUUGUUAGCUAGCAAAUUGUUAGCGGACAGUCGUAAGGAAAUACCUAAUCAGAAAGAUUUAUAUGAACUUUAGAUUGUUGUUCGCGUUGACACUGUUUAUUCUCAAUCAUAACUUUUGGUAUCUGGAUUUAACAUGUUGGUAAAUUGUAAACAAUAGGCUGCUGUAGGUAUUGUUAAUAUUGGUUUCAUUUAGGAAAGAACACUAGGGGUCUAAUCAACUUGAUAGACCUUAUUUUAACACCCGAACCUCAGAAACACUGCCUAUUGGUCAUUAGGAAGAUAUAGUACUGACCAUUCAAUAACUCUGUGUGGCCUAAAGCAUAAAAAUUGACCCAGACAAAAUAAGCCCCAACCCCUACAAAGCUUCUUGGUAGAAUUUUCCCCGGAGACCACCAAAAAAUAGAAGAUCCCAAUUACUUAGUUGUUUAUUAUUAUUUAAAAUAUGUCAAUUUAGCUAUAAAAUACAUAUUUUGUAACUCCUUCCACACAAUAUAGUAAAAAUUAUCUAUAUCCCUCAUUGGGUGGUUGUCGUGUUUCUAAUUGCAUAACAUUACUGUAAAUAAUUUUUCACUUUUUUCCUUAGAUUUUAAAUAUGACUUCUAGAAUUUCUUAUACAAUUUUACGUGGAAUUUGUAGCAGAGGUCUAUGUACAAGUGCUGCACGUCUUGGUUUUCUUCCACAUGAUCUUUUAAGAAGUGAUAUGCUCAGUUUGAGCGGCCUUGUCAAGCAAAAAAAGAUUUUGAGAAAGAAAAAACAGGAACAACUUGCUGCUGAUGAGAGCAAUGCUGCUUAUUCUUACGGUCCCCUCAAUGUUUCAGUUGAAGGUUAUGAUAUGGUUGUUAUAGAAAAAUUUGCUCAAAACAUCCAUCGAUUAUUGCUGCAGGAAAAAGUUGACGUCAGAGAAGUGUAUGCAUUACCGACCGAACAUAUAGCAGUGAAGCAGGUUGGCCAAAAAUUGACAAAAGAAGUGCAGCAAAUGGACAGAGUUGCCGAGCUACCGGUACAUGCCAGAGUUCUACAGAUUCAAGGCCUGCAGUCUACCUUGGCACCUAUUUUAUUGCAAACGAUUGCUUGCGAUAUUCCUCCAGGUGUCAAGCUUACGGUUAAUAAGCACACUGAAGAAGAUUGUUUGAAGAGAUAUAAACCAAAUAAAGAGCUGGAAGCUGAAAAGCUUAAUCUUUCUAAACUUCUGGCCGCACGUUAACAUCAAAUGAAUACUCUUUUAUUAAGUCUCAUCUUGAGAAAUGUGCUAAGAAUUUGAGUUCAAAUAUCUUUCCUGCUCUGUUUUAACAGAUGACGUUCGUCUCACAGAUGAUGUUGAGUCGCCUGUUGUUUUAGCAGCUCUGUAACAUGAAAUUUUUUGUUUAAUAAUAAAUAAUGUUGAGUCUA